AUGGACCAUGCAAGGGCCAGCUUCAAGGCACAUGCAUCCGUGGACCGGGUGAGGAAGGUUCCAGAGUAUGGGUCCAUGUUCAGUCACCUACCUCACCACCCUCGUUACACCUUGCGUCUGGACACCACUGACCCUGUGCCCACUUUUAUUGACCGCCGCUGGCGAGGGUACACAGAGCAGCGCAGAGAGGCAGUUCAGCAGCUGGCAAGGGUCAUUCCUGGUGCUCAGUUUCAGGUCAGAGGGCACAAAGACAGCAGCGUUUCAGGCAUUGAUCGUUGGAAGUUUUUCAAGUGCCCCCUGAUCCCCUUUGCACAGCAGGUUCCCCCCGAUGUGGUCUUUGCAUUGCCCAAAGCUAACCCAUACUCUACAGUGGAGGGGGGUAGUGAGCAGCUGCCCACUCCAUUCCAGCGCACCAUGGGAGUGCAGACUGACUACAGGGACAGUGAGGCCCAGACGGACCCCUACACCCCCGAAUACGUGGUACGGCCCGGGACGGCCCCCCCAGAGCUGUUGACACUGGCCACACUGACAUGGGGUCGUGGUCUUCCGGCGGGACUGGCGGAGGUGGAGAUGAUUGAGCGAACCAGGGUGAAGCGGGCAUGGGAGGCCACCCUGCCCCCCAUGGACGACCUGAGUCAACUGGACAAGAGGAAGAGGAUGAUGGAUGAGAUGGAGAGGAAGGAGUGGGCCUUCAGGGAGGACGAGAUCCAGAAGCUGCAGGAGGCUCGUCUGGCCCUGCUGAUGGGUCUACUGAGGCAGAGGGAGGAGGUUCAGCAAGAGGCCACGGUGGACAGGCUGGACCUCAAGUACUCCCAGCACCAGAGAGACAAGGAGAGCAAGCUGAGCAAGAUACGCAAUGACUACAUCAUCUCAAUGAGGAAGCUGACGGCAAAAAGAAAGAAUGUGGAGGGAAAGCUAAAGCGCCGUGACAUCAUCAAGGACUACUCCAACUACUCAUCUCAGACGUACGCCCCUCUGUCCCGCAUCGGCCUGUUCCCUGACCGCCACUCCCAAUGCAACAUGGUCAAGAGCCGCUACCUUGAUACCUACGAAGGUCUGCUGGAGCUGGAGGCGGGACUUCCGGUCUCAGUGACAGAGCCAUGUAUCAAAGCCCCCGUACCCAAAGUCAGCAAGGGCUUCGUCAAACGCUCUGCACGCAGAGAGAUGGAGCUCAUGAAGACACACCAGGCUCUGAAGGAGGAGAAGACUCGUGUGGAGGAGAAGAAGACCCUGCGCUUCCUCUUUAAGACAGAGAAAUCUGUUCCUCGACCACAGACCCCAGUGGUGGACGAGCCCCCUGAGGGGGACGAGGAGAGAGAGUUGGCUGUCAUCUACUUGCAGAAGCUGCUGAGGGGAAGAAGCAUUCAGAACCAGAUGUUUGAGGGGAAGGAGAAGCGUCUAGAGCUGAUCCAGGAGCUGAGAACCACUCAUGCCCUGCAGAGAGAGGAGCAGGAGCUCCAGAGAGCAGACACACAGCUCACACUGGCUCUGCAGAGACAGAGAGAGCAACACACACACAAGGCAUCCUUAGUGGAGGGUUACCAUGCAGGUGUGGCAGGGGCGGAGCUUGUGGACAUGCUGGACUUCCUAUCGAAGGAGCUGAUUCGCCUACAGGAGGAACGCAGGAUCCAUGCCUUCACCUUAUUGGCCGAGAGAGACAGGCGCCUCCGAGAGGCCGAGGAGAGUGGGCGGAGACAGAUGGAAGAGAGGAGACGUAGAGAGGAGGAUGAGAUCUUCAAACAGGUGAUGAGGGUUCAUCAGGAGACAGUAGAUCUGUACCUGGAGGACAUCAUCCUGGGGACUCUGGACCAGACAGCAGACCAACAGGCCAGACAGGAGAUACGCAGAGUGGCAGAGGAGGUCAACAACAUCGCCUACGCCAUGGAGGAGACUCGGAGCAGCCUGCAGUCAGAGGAGAUCGUAGCAGAGCUGGUGUACAGCUUCCUGAUCCCUGAGGUGCAGAAGAUCAACGUCAGAGACAGAGUGCGUCAGAGCCAGCGCAGGCACCUCCAGGCGGCUCACCAGAUCAUCCACGGGGAUGAAGAGAGCUCCGUGGCCCCUCCUGGCUCCCCUGGGGCCCAGCGCCCCCCCUCGCCCUCGGACAGGGCCUCCAGCCAGCUCCUGGAGGAGAUGCUAAUCCAUGUGGAGCAGGAGCUGGAGGGAGCAGGCAGGGGAGAGGAGGAACGCAGGGAGGUGGGAGAGGCACAGCAGAAAAUAACCAUCUGAGAAUAGAUUCAUUUCUCAACAGUAGAGAAAACACUUAGUGUUUCUUCAAGCAAUGCAUCUCC